AUUUUCCCAGUUCUUUGUGACACCAUUAUUUACAGAAAGUGCAGUCGAUCGUGAAGUAAAUGCAGUUAAUUCUGAGCACGAGAAAAACAUUCAGAAUGAUUACUGGAGACUCGCACAGCUUGAGAAGUCCACAGCUGACCCAGAACAUGAUUUCAGCAAGUUUGGUACAGGUAACAAGGAGACGUUGGACACGAUACCCAAGGAGGACGGUGUCAAUGUUCGUGAUGCCCUUCUGCAGUUUCAUGCCAAAUGGUAUUCUUCUAACAUAAUGGCCUUAGCUGUCCUGGGGAAGGAAAGCUUAGAUGAGCUUGAAGCUAUGGUGCUGGAGCUGUUCACUGGGGUGGAGAAUAAGGCUGUGACUGUGCCUGAGUGGUUGACCCACCCAUUUGGGCCUCAACAGUGCUGCAAGUUAGGUUACGUUGUGCCCGUCAAGGACAUUCGUAACUUAUACGUCACCUUUCCCAUUCCUGAUCUUCAUCCUCACUACAAAACAGCACCUGGCCACUACCUAGGUCACCUCAUUGGGCAUGAGGGUCCAGGGUCACUACUGUCAUACCUCAAAGGACGAGGCUGGGUCAACUCUCUGGUUGGAGGUCAAAAGUCAGGUGCUAAAGGCUUUGCCUUUUUUGUCGUAAAUGUAGACUUGACAGAAGAAGGAAUUGAACACGUUGAGGACAUAGUUUCAGCUGUGUUUGAGUACCUGAAUCUGUUAAAAAAAGAAGGUCCACAGCAGUGGGUGUUUGACGAAUGCCGAGAUCUUAGCAGUAUGACUUUUCGUUUUAAAGAUAAGGAACGACCCCAAUCAUACACCUGUGGACUCUCAGAACAGUUACAUUAUUAUCCUCUAGAUGAGGUUCUCUGUGGUGGCUACCUUCUCAGUGAAUUCAAGCCAGACCUUAUUGACAUGGUUCUUGCUCAUCUUAACCCGGGUAACAUAAGAAUUGCUGUUGUAGGAAAAGCCCUGGCAGACAAGGUAACAUGCACUGAAAAAUGGUAUGGAACAUGCUACAAGAUGGAAGACAUUGAUUCACACCUCCUGGAGCAGUGGAAGUCUACUGGUUGUAAUGAGCAUUUACGCUUACCCACAAAGAAUGAAUUUGUGCCUUCUAGUUUUGACUUCUUUAAAGAUGUGCAGGAAAUCAAUAGUGUACCAGAGAUGAUCAGUGAGACUCCCCUGGCUAGAGUUUGGUAUAAGCAAGAUGAUGAAUUUAAACUUCCCAAGGCUGUCAUCUACACAGAGCUUUUCAGUCCCUUGGCAUACUUAGACCCACACCACACUAACCUGCUGCACAUGUUUGCCCAACUGUUUCGUGACGCCCUCACCGAGUACACUUAUGCUGCUGAAUUGGCUGGGCUGACAUACUCUCUCUCUAAUACAAAAUAUGGUCUCACUCUGAGUAUUAAAGGUUACAACGACAAGCAACACGUUCUUCUGGAGAAGAUUAUGGAGCGCAUGACAACCUUCACUGUCGACCCCAAGCGCUUUGAGAUUCUUAAAGAUGCUUACGUACGUGCCCUGCGUAACUUUAACGCAGAUCAGCCACAUCAGCAUGUUGUGUAUUAUACAUCACUGUUGUUGUCUGAACAUGGCUGGACCAAAGAGGAGUUACUACAAGCCACUAACGAGAUGACAGUCGAGAGUCUGGAGGCAUUUAUUCCUCGAUUUUUGUCUGCACUUCAUAUUGAGAUGCUGGUUCAUGGAAACAUGUUGAAAGAAUCUGCAUUAACACUGGCCUCCACCAUCCAAGACAAGCUGACAACCUCUUGUCAGACCCGGGCACUCCUGCCUUCACAGCUCACGAGACAAAGGGAAUACCAGCUCAGGGAUGGGUGCAGCUUGGUGUACUUAGCUGACAAUAAUGUUCAUCGUAGCUCCUCGGUUGAAACCUACUUUCAAUGUGGGUUGCAAAGCACCCACCAUAACAUGUUGCUGGAGCUCCUUUGUCAGAUUUUUGCUGAACCAGCCUUUGAUGAACUAAGAACAAAGGAACAACUUGGAUACAUUGUGUGGUGUGGGAUCCGUCGAGCAAAUGGUACACAGGGUCUAAGAGUCAUAGUGCAGGGAGAUCGUCACCCACAGUAUCUAGAUUCCAGAGUAGAAGCUUUCCUACACAAAAUGGGAGAAAAUCUUGAGAAGUUAUCAGAAGAGGAUUUUUUGCGUCAUCGUGAAGCCCUGGCAAGCCGUCGUCUCGAACGUCCAAAGAAAUUAUCUCAUCUCACUGCCAAUUGGUGGGUGGAGAUAACAUCCAACCAGUACCACUUUGACCGAGAUGCCUGUGAAGUGGCACACCUAAAGACUCUCACCAAGCAGGAUGUGAUAGAUUUUUACAAGCUCUGUAUUGGAAGCACAGCAAUUCAGCGCAAAAAGAUGUCAGUGCAGGUAGUGUCCACUGCCACUGGAGGAGCAGGAGACCUGGAAGCUUCUCAGCCAAACACAACCCAGCCUGAUGAUGGCCUCUCCCGUCCACCCCCACUCAGAGAGACGGAUUUGAUAAUGGACAUUCCAGAAUUCAAGCAAGGUCUGGCAUUGUACCCUCUAAUGAGACCCUUCAUGCCCAUCUCUAAGACCUCUAAGUCCAAACUGUAAUGUUGCCAGUGCAAACAUUUUUAUCAUAAUAAAUUUUGUUGAUCUUGUCAACAUAAAUUGUAAUAGUGUGUCAUAAAUAUAUUGAAAAAUAAA